GAUUACAUUCAUCUUGGGCAUGCAUACGUGGUUGGUGACCUCGCGUGCCGCCAUUGCCGGAGGCUGGCUGGCUGGAUGGACGGGCGUCCGCGGUGCCGGUGUUUUGCAGCCUUACAUCUCAGGGAAGACGCUUGCUAAAAUGUGUGCAUGCCAAGAUUCCUGCGGUUCCAGACUGAUUGCUGGUGCGGAUGUGAGGUGGAUGCCCGCACAGAUCCGGCGUCUCCAACCUCGGCAUCCACAAGGAGGAGCGGCGACAAUUACAUACCCAACCAUGGGGCAGCAGCAAUUCAUGAUGUUUUGCAUCAGCAUGUCAUUGCUAAGGAAGAAGCAGUACUUGAAGAAGCAGACUACAUGUUUUCUUGUUGUGAAGCACUAGAUAGUUCUAUUUAUUCUUUUCCUGUUCUAGAGUAUUUCAGCAGCUGA